AUGGAGCCGCCGGGUGGGGGUCCGGGACCCGGCCGCGGGGCCCGGGACAAGAAGAAGGGCCGGAGCCCGGACGAGCUGCCGCCGGCGGGCGGCGACGGCGGCAAAUCCAAGAAAUUUACUCUGAAGCGGCUCAUGGCAGAUGAGCUGGAGAGAUUUACCAGCAUGAGAAUUAAGAAGGAGAAGGAGAAGUCCAGUUCUGCUCACAGAAAUUCUGCCUUGUAUGGGGAUGAUCCCACAGCACAAUCAUUGCAAGAUAUUUCAGAUGAGCAAGUUUUAGCACUCUUUGAACAGAUGCUGGUGGAUAUGAACCUGAAUGAGGAGAAACAGCAGCCUCUCAGGGAGAAGGACAUUAUCAUCAAGAGGGAGAUGGUGUCCCAGUACUUGCACACGUCCAAGGCUGGCAUGAGCCAAAAGGAGAGCUCUCGGUCUCCCAUGGUGUACAUUCAGGAGCUGAGGUCAGGCUUGCGGGACAUGGCUUUGCUCAACUGCCUGGAGUCCCUUCGUGUCUCCCUCAACAACAACCCUGUCAGCUGGGUGCAAACGUUUGGUGCGGAGGGCCUGACCUCCUUGUUGGACAUCCUUAAACGACUCCACGAUGAGAAGGAGGAGACUUCUGGGAACUAUGAUAGCCGUAACCAGCACGAGAUCAUUCGCUGCUUGAAAGCUUUUAUGAAUAACAAGUUUGGAAUCAAGACCAUGUUAGAGACAGACGAAGGAAUCCUACUGCUGGUCAGGGCCAUGGACCCUGCUGUUCCCAACAUGAUGAUAGAUGCGGCCAAGCUGCUUUCUGCUCUUUGUAUCCUGCCACAGCCGGAGGACAUGAAUGUACGGGUUUUGGAGGCAAUGACAGAGAAAGCUGAGAUGGAUGAGGUGGAACGUUUUCAGCCACUGCUGGAUGGACUAAAAAGUGGGACCUCCAUUGCACUCAAGGUGGGAUGCCUACAGCUGAUCAAUGCUCUCAUCACCCCAGCUGAAGAACUUGACUUCCGAGUUCACAUCCGGAGUGAGCUGAUGCGGCUGGGGCUGCACCAGGUGUUGCAGGCCCUUCGGAAGAUCGAAAACGAAGACAUGCGAGUGCAGCUCAGUGUGUUUGAUGAGCACGCGGAGGAAGACUCCUACGACCUGAAGGCACGGCUGGAUGACAUUCGAAUGGAGAUGGAUGAUUUGGGUGAAGUCUUCCAGAUUCUCUUAAACACAGUGAAGGAUUCGAAGGCAGAGCCAUACUUCCUGUCCAUCCUGCAGCACCUACUCUUGGUCCGAAAUGACUAUGAAGCCAGACCGCAGUACUAUAGGCUGAUUGAAGAAUGUAUUUCUCAGAUAGUUCUGCGUAAGAACGGGGCUGAUCCUGACUUCAAGUGCCGGCACCUCGAGGUUGAUAUUGAGGGACUGAUUGAUCAAAUGAUUGAUAAAACAAAGGUAGAGAAAUCUGAAGCCAAAGCUACAGAGCUGGAAAAAAAGCUGGACUUAGAGUUAACAGCCCGACAUGAGCUACAGGUGGAAAUGAAAAAGAUGGAAAGCGACUUCGAGCAGAAGCUCCAGGAUCUUCAAGGAGAAAAGGAUGUACUGGAUUCUGAAAAGCAGCACAUUACCACAGAGAAGCAGAGCCUGGAAACAGAGGUGUCUCAGCUCACAGGAGAGGUUGCCAAGCUGUCCAAGGACCUGGAAGAUGCCAAGAAAGAAAUGGCUUUGCUCUCUGCUGCAGCUACUGCUGUAGCCCCGCCCAGCAGCGCUACUGUUCCCCCUGCCCCGCCUUUACCUAGUGACUCUGGCACUGUUGUUUCACCCUCAUCUCCUCUUCCUGAGGGUGGUGCCAUUCCUCCUCCUCCACCACCUCCCCCUCCUUUGCCUGGGGGUACUGCCAUCCCCCCACCUCCCCCUUUGCCUGGGGAUCCUGCCAUUCCCCCACCCCCUCCUUUGCCUGGGGAUUCUGCCAUCCCCCCACCCCCUCCUUUGCCAGGGAGUGCUGCCAUCCCACCACCUCCCCCUUUACCUGGGUGUGCUGCCAUCCCACCACCUCCCCCUUUACCUGGGUGUGCUGCCAUUCCCCCACCCCCUCCUCCCUUGCCUGGGGGCGCUGGCAUCCCCCCACCCCCUCCUCCCUUGCCUGGAGGACCAGGAAUGCCACCUCCCCCUCCCCCUCUUCCUGGUGGUCCUGGAAUCCCUCCACCCCCUCCAUUUCCUGGAGGCCCUGGCAUUCCUCCACCUCCACCAGGAAUGGGUAUGCCUCUACCUCCCCCUUUUGGAUUUGGAGUUCCUGCAGCCCCAGUUCUGCCAUAUGGAUUAACCCCAAAGAAGCUUUACAAGCCAGAAGUGCAGCUCCGGAGGCCAAACUGGUCCAAGUUUGUCGCUGAGGACCUUUCCCAGAACUGCUUCUGGACAAAGGUGAAGGAGGACCGCUUUGAGAACAAUGAACUUUUUGCCAAACUUACCCAUGCCUUCUCUGCCCAGACCAAGACAUCAAAAGCCAAGAAGGAUCAGGAAGGUGGAGAAGAAAAGAAAUCUGUGCAAAAGAAAAAAGUAAAAGAGUUAAAGGUGUUGGAUUCAAAGACAGCGCAGAAUCUCUCAAUUUUUCUGGGUUCCUUCCGCAUGCCCUAUCAAGAGAUUAAGAAUGUCAUCCUGGAGGUGAACGAGGCUGUUCUGACCGAGUCCAUGAUCCAGAACCUCAUUAAGCAGAUGCCAGAGCCAGAGCAGUUAAAAAUGCUUUCCGAACUGAAGGACGAAUAUGAUGACCUAGCAGAGUCAGAGCAGUUCGGCGUGGUGAUGGGCACUGUGCCCCGCCUGCGGCCGCGCCUCAAUGCCAUCCUCUUCAAGCUGCAGUUCAGUGAGCAGGUGGAGAACAUCAAGCCCGAGAUCGUUGCCGUGACUGCCGCAUGUGAGGAGCUGCGGAAGAGCGAGAACUUCUCUAGCCUUCUGGAGAUCACCUUGCUUGUCGGCAACUAUAUGAAUGCUGGUUCCAGGAACGCGGGGGCUUUUGGCUUCAACAUCAGCUUCCUCUGUAAGCUUCGGGACACCAAGUCCGCAGACCAGAAGAUGACGUUGCUGCACUUCUUGGCGGAGUUGUGUGAGACCGAGUAUCCCGACGUCCUCAAGUUUCCAGAUGAGCUAGCCCACGUGGAGAAAGCCAGCCGAGUUUCUGCUGAAAACUUACAAAAGAAUCUAGAUCAGAUGAAGAAACAGGUUUCCGAUGUGGAACGUGAUGUUCAGAAUUUCCCAGCGGCCACAGAUGAGAAAGACAAGUUUGUUGAAAAAAUGACCAGCUUCGUGAAGGACGCACAGGAGCAGUACAACAAGCUGCGGAUGAUGCAUUCUAACAUGGAGACCCUCUAUAAGGAGCUGGGCGAGUACUUCCUCUUUGACCCCAAGAAGGUGACUGUGGAAGAAUUCUUCAUGGAUCUGAACAACUUUAAGAAUAUGUUUGUGCAAGCGGUCAAGGAGAACCAGAAGCGGCGGGAGACAGAGGAAAAGAUGCGGCGAGCAAAACUAGCCAAGGAGAAGGCAGAGAAGGAGCGGCUGGAGAAGCAGCAGAAGAGAGAGCAGCUCAUAGACAUGAAUGCAGAAGGUGACGAAACAGGUGUGAUGGACAGUCUUCUAGAAGCCCUGCAGUCAGGCGCAGCAUUCCGGCGGAAGAGAGGACCCCGUCAGGCCAACAGGAAGGCCGGGUGUGCUGUCACCUCUCUGCUGGCCUCGGAGCUGACCAAGGAUGAUGCCAUGACUGCUGUCCCUGCCAAGGUGCCCAAGGGCAGUGACGGAGUCCCCACGAUCCUGGAGGAAGCCAUGGAGCUGGUUGGCCGUGCCAGCUAAUCUGGGUCCUGUGGCUGUGGCAGCUCCUCCGUGGGCCGCAGACCGUCCUGCCCUGCAGCCUGUGCCUGAGGAUCGUGGAGAUUCCCCGUGGGGUGGCCACUCCCAUCAACCGACCCUGUCUUCCUCUCUGGCCUGCUGCUCUCUGUACAUGACACUCGGCUUCAACUGCCUGGAGGCCAGAAGGAAGGGGCAGUGUCAGGGAGGCCUGAGCCCAACCCAGCCGGCCCUGGCUGUUGCGUUACCAAAGCAGGCUCCGUGUUUGCUGCUGCCUUAACCCCAAGUGUCUCCCUCUGUUACUUGGAGGCCUGUCUCAGACAAGGCCCGCCUGCUCUCUCGGCCCCUGGCUUUCCAGUGGGCUUCCUGUAGGUCAAUUUUGCUGAGUUUGUGCUUUUCUUUUGUGGUUUUUCUGGCCCUGAGAAUAGCAUGGGGCUUGUGAACUUUUGGGCUUUACCCCGCCUUUCAUUGCUGUCACCUCUCUGCCUCUCCACCCUUUCUUCUCCUGGCAGUUAUUUAUUGCUAGCGGUGUGGCAUGGGGAGCUGCUUCUAAGGAAGUGGGGGGCACAUCCCACUCUUACUCCACCUUCCUGAGAAAGGCCUCCCACAGCAAAGAGGACCACUUUUAUCCGUUCCACUGUGGCCUUGGCCAGAGCGUGUGGGCUGGCAGGAAGGACACAGGGACCCUGUGGGUCUGCCCCAGCCUGCUGCCCUGCUUUGGGCCCUUGCCUCUCUGGACCCUCUGCACCAGCCCCCGGCUACCGAGCCGUGGUCCCGCCCCGUGCCCUCCCCGGAGCUCUGGUGCGUCGCAUCUGGAGUGUGGGCUGUGUUGUGACCGUCCCAACACCUCACCCUCUGUCUCCAAGAAAAUGGGAGGUGGAGCCUCCUGGCUGAGAAAUUGUUUUGCAAAUGGAUCUAUUUUUGUAUGAGAUUUUUUUUUUUUUUUUAAGAAAAAUAAAUCUUCCUUUUCCCCUUUUCCUCCAUAAUAUAAGAGGCUUGAUGGCAGGUUCCAGAGUCUUUGGGGCUACUCCCCUCGGGCCUCAGUCCUGGCCAGGCCCUGGGACCUGCACCUCAGCUGCCACGCCUCUGGGCCCUCGGGGCCGGGGCAGCUGCUCUGCCAGCGUCCGGGUGGGCGCAGGAGGAAGCGCCUCUCUGGUUGAGUUGAACCAGGCCUGAGGGUAGUGGCGCUCUGAGACCACAGAGUUUUUAUAAAUUUAAUAUAUUUAUCAAGCCAAAUGUGCAGAUGCUAACUGGACACUCUGGGGGAGUGGGCACAGGAGUGCCCCCACACUUCACAGCCCUGUGCCCUUCUGAAACAGCGGGCAGGCCACACUGUUCGGUGGCCCCGGCCUCAGGAAGCUCAGACUCUGGCUCAGGUGGUGCUGUGCCCUCCCUGUGCUGCUGUCAUCUGCCCACCGCCAGGCAGGGAGAGAGGAAAGCACUGCUAGGACUCGGCCCAGAACCAUGGCUCCAGCGUGCGGGAGUCCUUAGGGAGACCGAGGGCACUUGCAGGAAGCCCAGCGGCUGGGAAGAAGGGCUCUGGUUGCCGGGCCUGUGUGGGGGCAGUGGCAGCUUCUCGGAGCUGUUCCCGGGAAGACUGGCGGGAGGGGCCUGCUGUUCCCUAGGUCCCCUCCUUCUGCCUGCUGACAUCUGGGGCUUUGACCCUUUCUUUUUUAAUCUACUUUUGCUAAGAUGCAUUUCAUAAAAAAAUAAGUAAAUAAGGGACAAAAUGCAAACCUGUUUCCCUCACCUCUUGGGCUUCUGGGAUGUCAUCACCUCCAGUUUGUUGGGUUUGUCUCCAACUGUUAAUAAAGCAUUGAAACUACU